GACACAUCUACAUUCUGCAUAUAAACAACUCGGCAGGCUAAAAGUGAAACUAAUGCUAUACAAUUGUAACUCCAUAGCAGCCCAGCAUAUUACCACUUCACAAACAUUGAAUAUACUUAAUUCAAAAUAGAGAACAUCAUAACAAUGGAGACACUGAACGAAAUUGAUCACCUCAAAACGUCUGGCUUUGGUAGACCCCGGCCCAGACACGGCCUUCAACUCCUUCACUGGUUCUCCCAUGAAUAUGUCACAUUCAACAACGACAGCGAGAUGGUGACAGUGCGCAACCCUAAGAAGAAGGCGUUUGGCUUCCACCGCUUCUUUGACAACAUAGAGGAGCAUGAUGGCCAAUGUAACCAACUGCUACCAGACCAGGACUUACCGUACUACGAAGUGGGAAAUCUGAAUGCUGCAAAGUCUGAGAACCUACCGCAUGAUGUCCGCAAAAACCACACAGGACACAAUAACGACAGCAACAUAGACCGGAUCAUUAUCAGCCUCCAGUCAGACCGUGUGUUGGACAGAAUCUACGUGACCCAACAUGAUCAUCACAGAGGUGCUUUUGACCCCCAGCACACCUAUCGCAUCAGUAAGGGGUUGAUCAGUAUCAUCCGUAAUCUGGACCUGGAUGAUCUCCUGGAGCAGACUGGAUACUCACUUCCUUGUCCUUCCUCCAUGGACACACUUAACGAAAUGAGACACCUCGAGUCAUCUGGCUUUGGUACACCUCCACCUAGACACGGCCUCCAUCUCCUUCACUGGUUCACCCACAACUACAUCAAAUUCAACAAAAAGGGUGAAAUGUUGACAGUGAGCAACCCUGAGAAGAAGGUGUUUGGCUUCCACCGCUUCUUCGACAAAAUAGAGGAGCAUGAUGGCCAAUGUAACCAACUGCUACCAGACCAGGGAUUACCGUACUACGAAGUGGGCAAUCUCCAUGCCCCUGGGUCUAGGAACAUACCGCGUUAUGUCCGCAAAAACUACACAGGACACAAUGACGACAGCAACAUCGACCGGAUCAUUAUCAGCAUGCAGUCAGACCGUGUGUUGGGCAGAAUCUACGUGACCCAACAUGAUCAUCACAGAGGUGCUUUUGACCCCCAGCGCACCUAUCGCAUCAGUAAGGGGUUGAUCAGUAUCAUCCGUAAUCUGGAGCUGGAUGAGCUCCUGGAGCAGACUGGAUAGUCUUAAGACGUUUCCCACUUGGCCAAUGCGCAUUUCGACAGAGGCAUCAUACACAUAAUUAUUCUUUAACCUCAUUUCUAAUGGUCAAAUCCAAGAUCUCUAACCGAAUGAUUUAUUUUCUUACAAAUGUAUACUAGACAUGGGUAUGACAUCGUGUCUUCGAUAUUCCCCAUACAUGAUGUAUUGUAGGAAAUUGUGAAUGUUUUUAUUUAGAUAAAGGGCCUUGUUUUCAGAUGUUUCACAUCCUGCCACAUUUUUUUGUUAUUUUUCCCCAACCAUUUCACCUGUGUGGUGGAAUUGCUACCUUUAACUAAUAAUGAGGAGAGGCAAAGUCAACAAUCAAUCAAGGUAUUACUUUGAUUAAAAACGUAUUAUAAUCAGGAGGCUGGUCACACCACCCACGCAGGUGAAAUGGAGUGGGAGCCUCCUGUACAAAGAGUACAGGAACAUUUAUAUAGUCAAACUACCCCGAACAAGCAUCUGCAAAACACGUGAUCCUACGUAUGUGUUUGUGUGUGUGAGGGGAGGAAACCGGGUGAAAAGGUUGCCUCAGUCUUUCGCAACUGAGAGAAGACAACAGGAGCCAGAAUGACAGGGAGUCACUCCAGAUAUACUUCCUCUAUGUAUGGUCGUACUGGCCACACACACACACACAGACACACACAAAACAUGAAUAUUUGGCCCAGAAACAGGCUCCAAAUAGAUUAAUAGCUUUAUCACUGGUGUGCAGAAUAUAACAUGUUCCUCUGUCUCCAGUUAAGAUAAAAGGAACCAGUUAGUUUCUGUCAGAUCUUGGCUGAGCGCCCAGGUAUCAUGGGGUCAUUCUACACACACAGAACAGUUAGAUCGGGCCUCUUAUUAAUACACACGCACACUUUUCUAUCUUAUAUGAGUUACUUUCUUUAACUAUCUCAAGCCCAAUGCCUAGGCUUAAAGAAGGAUAUUUUAGUACACAAGCAUUAGUAAGGUUCAACAGAAAAUGCCCUCACACCUGCAAUAGUUAUUGCCACACUAGUCGGAACUAGGAAACUGUAGUUAUACACGUGCUGCCAGUAAUCAUUGUAGCAUGUAAAUCUUAGUGGGGAAAACAAAAAAUGUUUUCGUAGAUGCAUGCCAGCAAAGCCACUACACAACACUAAACAAUACAUUAAUUGCACUAUAACGGUGAAAACGGUGACCGCAACUGUUUGGGCCCUACAUAAAGCUGUCUCACCAGCAGUCCCAACACAAUACCACUGCUACACCUGGCUAUCAGCGGAGCCUUGUCUGGCAGCGAAACAGUUAAUUCAGCCUCAUUUACAGACUUAAAAAAAACAUAGCUGAUAUGGCUGACUUGCUUAAACAAAUGUGGUUUCUACUGACAAUUGAGAUGUACAAACUAUGGCAUAAGGGGACGACAAGCGGAUGAAAGGGAAUCUGUAACUUCGAUUCAGACAUUAAUGAGCGAGCUAGGAUGGACGUAGUCAAUACAACUAUUUGUUCAGCACUUUUGAAAUGUACAGCGACAGAAUCCAGAACAUGGGCCCUUAUUGCAGUAAUCUCCCUGUACACCAAGUCAGAACCGUAGGAUAAAUAAAGACAGCUUAUAAGCAGACAAUGAAAGCUCUUACAAUAUUUUAUGAUGACAUUUUUCAAAAACAGGCUAUAGGCUACGUGUGCACCACCAAGCCAGAACAGUAGGCUAAAUUAUGAACAGCUUACUACACAACAUACACUUAGUAUUACUUUCUCUGGAACAGGAAGGUGGCGCGGUGGUCCUUCGUGGGUAAAUUUUGUCAUCAAAGUCUGGCAUUCUCUGAAUGUAUGGUGCUUUCAGACAACUGGGGGAAAAACAAAUCUGAAUCAUUACGCCAGUGAUCUUCAGGUUGGAGCUCUCUAAAGAGGCCCAAGUUCCCGACUUGGAAUUCCAGGUUUAAUGACCGUUCAAAACGUAUUUUCCCUGUAGGAGCUCGUUUUCCCAGUUGUCUUGAACUCACCGAAGUCUGACAUUUCCCAGUUCUGAAUUUCCAGUUGUUUGAUUGCGGCAGACGUCAUGCUGGACAGCAAGGCCCAUGUUGAAUGUUUAUCCUUUUAAGCUUGGAAAAGAAACCCUUAAACUGAGACUUGGACUACACACCCACUACACUGAGUAGCAGGCUUGUGAUUGCUUUGCAGUUAGCCACUGAUUCCUUCCAAACCACUUAUUGUUGAAUUUUUCUAAUUCCAACUUGUUGUGUAAUGUUAAUGUCCAAUGGCCGAUGAGCACCGAUAAGUUUUAACUAAAAUUUCUCUUCUCAUAUGACAAGGAUUGAAAAGGAUUUUCAAGUCGAUUAUUGACUUGAUUCAUGAUGAUGACUGCUAGCUUGCUACUAAGAUCUUGAAAGUAUGAUGUUGUCAUGAUCAGUCCAAUCAAAGCUAUGGUAGAGAUAACAGGAUUUGACGUCAUUUUAUCUGUGGCCCAUGACCUUGAGCCUUCUUGGAUGGGCAACUAUAAUGUAACUCUAUGGCAGCAUCGAAGGGGCUUGAAUUUUCAAGCUCUCCCCGUAUAUUUUGCUGUGAUGUGUUGUCCCCAUGAGUGACAGAACACCGAGCCAAUCAAGGCCGAAACUAGAGAACAUUUUCCGCUGGCUGCCCCACCACCACAGACUGCACUGAGCUAGGCUGAAACACCUGCAUUUUGGAGCUGCCUUGCUCAAGAAAGCAAAAAAAGAGACCAUUUUUGUAUGCGGAUUUAUUAACAAUUAAUUUUAUUUACAUUGUUUGCAAACUGAUAUGUGACACGUAUCAAUGCCAAAAUAACAUGCAAAACAGCAUGUUAUCACAUGCAUGCUAAACAGGUGGGUCUCAAAACAGGUGGUUCUCUGCACCACCUGCCCUGUAUGACGGGUUGCCCCUGCGUGCUGCAUUCAAAAAAAUUAGCAAGUCAGAAAUGUCUGAGUUUCCUAGUUCCGACAAGCACGUGAACACGGCAUAAGUGUGUGUGUGUGGAGGGAUAAAUGUUUCUAAUAAAAUAAUUGAUGAGUUAA